CCUUCUUCCUCUCUAUUCUUCUUUAUCUCAUUCUCCAUCUUUUCAUUCAAGGUUCUCAUUCAUCCUUUCGUUAUUCAUCCCAAUCAUCUAUUCCUUCAUCCAAAUCCACCCUCAACCACACCCCAAGACAAAUAAAAACCCAGAUACCCAAAACAAAACAAAACAAAAAUGAGCGAUCUCCCCCGCAACACUGAAAUCCUGCUCCCCUCCCUCCCGACCAAAACCGUCACCUUCCACCCGACCCGCGCCACCAUCGUACGCGAAAUCCCCGCCACCAUCCACCCGGGAAACAACACCCUCAUUAUCCACGGCCUCGACCCCAAGACGGACUUCGACUCGAUUCGCAUCGAGGGGUCGGGCCCCGCCUGUGUGACGGAUUUCCAGACGGAGGUGGUGCGGAGUCGGCUUUUCCUGGGUGAGAAGGAUGGCGAGGAUGGGAGUUGUAGUGAUGAUGAUGAGGAGGGUUCUUCAGACGAGGAAGAUGAGGAGGAGGAACCGGAAGAACUCCGGCUGGUGCGGACGGAACUUGGCGCUGCGAAGGAGAGGUUGGCGUUGGCUGGGGUUAGGAGAGAUGUUUCUGGGAGCGUGAUUGCGUUCUUGGAGGAGCAGAGACGCGGGUUGGUGGUCAAUCAGUCUGGGUCAGGGUGGGAGAGACAGCAGCAGCAGCAGGUGGAGGUGUGGAAGGUUGGGGAAUUUAUUGAUGUGUUCAAUAAGCGGGGCAGUGAGGAAGGGGAGAAGCAUUAUCGGGCUGGGGUGGAGGUGGAAGAAGCAGAGAAGGUGGUUGAGAGGUUAACGCUUAAGGCUGAGAAGGUGGAGCGGCGGGUAUAUAAGGAGAAGAGGAAGAGGGAGGCGGCGCGCGAGAAAGAGAGACGGGUAAGGGAGGCGGGGAAGAUGCAGAGGAGGGAGAGGAAGGAGAGGCUUGAAAGGGAGCAGAAGCAAUUCCGGAAAGCUGUCGUCGGUGAGGUGGUAGUUCAUCUCGAGGGAGACGCUUCCUCCACAGUGGAGGAUGGUGAUGAAGACGACAACCACAACACCACUACCUCCAAGUCCAACGUCAUGCUCCGGCUGAGUUAUGUCGUCGCGGGUCCGACCUGGAUGCCUCGGUAUGAUUUGAGCAUCAACACUCCGGCCUCGUCGGCCAAGAUGGUCUAUCGGGCCGAGUUUCGUAAUGCUUGCUCCGAAACGUGGCGCGAGGCCCGCGUAACCUUAUCCACCUCGCAGGCUUCCUUUUCGGGGCUAGGCGAGUGCAUCCCCUCUCUCAAAGCGUGGCAGCUCACUGUCGAGGCCGAUAAUAAGAACCAGGAGCAGAUCUCGUGGGAGAAGAUUCUGCGUAGCGGACCGGAACAACCCCCGAUUGUCCAACCACUGAAACUGUUUAGACCGCAGCAGCAGCAGCAGCAGCAACGUCAGCAGCCGGUCACUGGAUCGUCUCUCUUUGGGGUUGCAAAUGUACAGCCCAACUCUCAGCAGCCGGUGCAGUCGGGAGGAGGUUUGUUUGGCACUGCACAACGUCCCGCAGGAACGUCCAGUCUAUUCGGCCCUGGAUCAUCAGCACCACCGCAGCAGGCACAGAUAGCAGGUGCACCCGCAUUUGGUGCACAAUCAGCCCCUCCACCACCGGUUCCGUCCGCUGGUCUAUUCGGUAGCGCUCCAGCCAGUUCAUCUCCGCACCCUACCAGCGGACCUCUGUUUGGCGGAGUCCCAGGGGCCAUGAGUGGAAGUCCGUUUGGAGGAAGCUCCAGAGGCCCAAUGGGCACAGUGACCGCAGCCAUGCCGACAUUUGGCUUUUCUUCAAGGGCAGCAGCACAAGUAUCAGCGAUGCCACCAGCACCCCUUGCGGCGGGGAACCCUGAGCCAUCCGAAACUCCGGACAACGACGUCCACGAGGCCGUCCAGCAAGAGCUGGAUGUUUUGUCACCACCAACACCAUUGACCGCAGACCUCGAACACCAGGACUCCUUCCAGCAGGACUACGGCCUCACAACGACCUACGAUCUUCCCGGCCGUCGCACCCUCACCCCCUCCCUCGUCCCCCGCCGCCACCUCCUUGCCGACCUCGAUCUCGACUCCGUCACUUUGGCGUACAUGGUCGUGCCUAAGCACCGAGCCGCAGCUUUCCUGCGGGCCGAGAUCCAGAACUCCUCGUCCGUGAGCCUCCUGCGCGGAAAGGUUGGCAUCACCAUCGACGGGACCUUCCUCGGGACCGCGGACGUGCCGAGCUGCGGACCGAAGGAGUCUUUCACCUUGCCGCUGGGCGUGGAUCCGCUGAUCCAGGUGACGUACGGCCGGCCGACAGUGCGGCGGGUGACAGGCGGCAGAGGGCUGUUCUUCCAGAAAGAAGAGGCGGCGGUGUUCCGGCGGACGUGUCGAGUGCGGAACACGAGGAGUAACGCCGUCGUGGUGACGGUCGUCGAUCAGGUGCCCGUUAGUGAGGACGAGCAGUUGCGAGUGCAGAUCUUGGAGCCGAAUGGGUUGGUCAAGGAAGGGGAUGAAGUGCGACAUGUUGCGCAGGUGAAGGAAGGGAAGGUGCGGCUAGCGAAGAACGGCGAAGUCAAGUGGACGGUUAAGCUGGAGCCUGGGAAGGAUGUGCAGUUGGUGCUGGAGUAUGAGGCGAGGGUGCCGGUGGGAAGCGAAGUGAGUGAGGUUUGAGGAUCUUCUUCCUCACAUUGAGCAGGGUAUAUUAUAUCUGGAUAGGAAUCCCCGCCACCUGAAGACUGACACAGAUAGCUUCAGUAUUUCAUGCUCAAUCUGCUUCACAGUUAGUCAUCAUCUCCAGAUAGCAUUGAGAUGAAAGCAUACAAUCACAAACCAAUCAACCAAC